AUGAACAACAAUCAAUGUUGUUUCUUCAGCAUCAGCUUCAGUGUAGGUAUUAUAAACAAAAUUAUGGAAUCUCAAAACCAACAUGUGAAGACAACACUGUCACUGUCUUUAGGAAGAUUUCACAUUUCUGAAGAGUAUGGAUUUCUCCUUCCAAAUCCUCUGAAAACACUUCCAGAUUAUUAUGGGCCUUGGAUGGAAAUUGUCAGUAAACUUCCUCACUUGAUUGAGAGUCACCAACUUCAAGCUCACGUGAACAAGAUGCCCGUCCUGGAUUGCCAGUUCCUCACGGGUCACCGGGAACACCGCCUUGCUCAUCUGGUCCUCAGCCUUAUUACCAUGGGGUAUGUCUGGCAGGAAGGAGAGACACAGCCCCAAACGGUUCUGCCACAGAAUCUUGCUCUUCCGUUUGUUGAAGUUUCCAGGAUCUUGGGCCUCCCUCCUAUCCUGGUCCACUCUGACUUGGUGCUGGCAAACUGGACUAUGAGGAACUCUAAAGGACCUAUGGAAAUCAGGAACUUGGAUACCAUUUUUUUAUUUCCUGGGGGUGAAAGCCUUCAUGGUUUUAUACUGGUGACUGUGCUGGUGGAGAAAGCAGCAGUACCUGGGAUCAAGGCACUUGUUCAGGCAGUGAAUUCUGUGUUACAACUGAACCAGGACUCCUUGCUUCAAGCCCUUCAGCAACUCAGACUCUCCAUUCAGGACAUGACCAGAGCUUUAGGACAAAUGCACGAUUAUGUAGAUUCAGACAUCUUUUAUGCAGUCAUUCGGAUCUUUCUCACUGGAUGGAAAGACAACCCCGCCCUGCCUGCAGGGCUGGUGUAUGAGGGGGUUUCUGAAGAGCCUCUGGCGUUCUCUGGAGGCAGUGCCGCGCAGAGCACAGUGCUGCACGCGUUUGAUGAACUCCUCGGCGUUCAUCACAGCGAAGAAAGUGCGGAGUUUCUCCACAGAAUGAGGAACUACAUGCCUCCUUCUCAUAGGGCCUUCAUAGAAGAAAUCAAAUUGGCUCCAUCACUAAGGGACCAUAUCCUGUUCUCUGGAAAUUAUGAACUUCUGAUAGCCUACAACAAUUGUGUGGAAGCCCUGGCAGAGCUGCGUAGUUAUCACAUCACCGUGGUAUCCAAAUACAUCAUCACAGCUUCAGCCAGAGCAAAAAGCAGAAAAUCAAGUCAUUCCCCAGGGUCUCAGGCCGUAGAAGAAGAAAGGGGCACUGGUGGGACUGCAGUUCUGAGUUUCCUGAAGAGUGUCAGGGAUAAGACCUUAGAGGCAACCCUCCACCGAAGUGGUUAA